UGUGUGCCCUAAAAAAUCAAUGAAUUAGGCAAAUAAUGGAUUCACCGGACUUUCCUUUGAACGCACACUAACAAGUGUACUAAUUAUUUCCUUCAUUCUCACACAAAAUCCCCCCAAAAAAUAACCAGAUCGGAUCUUGCCUUCUUCAAACAGUCAUCUCUAUCGCCGCCGGCGAUUCCGAGAAACCCGAUCAAUGCGCACAAGUACAAUCGGACUGGGGAGACGCUUUCAAGUACUCACUUGAUUAAAACCGUACAUUUUAUCACCUCCAUCUAUGUUUGGAGGUGCCGUGUCUAUCCCCAACAAUAGUCCUCAUUUACGCAAGUCCGGAAGCCGACCUGUGGUGUUUGAUAUUGGUACAGGUGAUCUGGGAAAUAGUUCUGAAGAAGAUUUUUCACAUUCUUUAGAGUCGGAUGAAAUGAAGGGUGGGGCCAUACCAUUAAACAGCGUGGCAAUUACGCCUUCUCCACUUCUGCUAUGGAGAUUUAAGGUGCUACUGUUUAUUAUCUGGGGAUUCUGUUGUUGCAAGAUUGGAUGGGAUUCAGUCAUGAGAAUGAGCGUAGACCUGCGGGAUUUAUUUUUAUACGAGGCUUUCUUGUAUUACAAUCCAUUCCUUCUAGUGACUAUGAUGGUCUGGUUAUGGGGAAUAAAUUUAUGGGUUUUUGCCCAAGCUAAUGUCGGUUAUGCUAAAAUGUUUGACCUAGAUCAGAGUCAUCUCACUCACCGAGAGAUAUGGAAGUGUGCUACAUGGAUGACGAUCAUAGUACCAACUAGCAUGACAGCAUAUCUUUAUCUUUAUUCCCAUGGAGAAGUUUCGUUGGCUGCAUCUCAACCAGUGCUCUUAUAUGCUGCUGCUGCAAUGACCCUUAUUUUUCCUUUUGAUAUCUUCUAUCUUUCAUCUCGUUUCUUUUUAUUGAGGACUGUAUGGCGAAUAGUCUUCCCAUUACAGGCGAUAUCAUUUGCUGACUUCUUCUUGGCUGAUAUAUUUACGUCUAUGUCGAAGGUUUUCUCGGAUUUGGAGCGUUCAGUUUGUCGAAUGGUCCAUCGUCAGGUUGCUACUAUCGCAUGGUUUGAGGCGGACUCUGUUUGUGGUAGUCACGCUGUUGCAAUACCCAUAGUUCUCGUUUUGCCUUAUAUUUUUCGUUUUUUCCAAUGUCUUCGUCAAUACAGGGAUACUCGAGAAAAGACAGCUCUUUUGAAUGCCUUAAAGUAUUCAACGGCCGUACCAGUUAUUUUUCUUUCCGCCCUCAAAUAUCACGUUAUUCCUGAAAAAUGGACGAAUAUUUAUCGGCCUUUGUGGCUAUUUUCGAGUGUGCUAAACUCCUUGUACUCAUUCUACUGGGAUAUCACGCGUGAUUGGGACUUGAGCUGUUUCACUCGGAUUUUCAAGUUCACCAAACCGCAUAUCUUGACACACAUUUUAUACGGAAGGAAAUGGGUUUAUCUUUGGGUAGUCGGAAGCAAUCUAAUACUUCGAUGCACAUGGACUUACAAGCUUUCAGCCCAUCUUCGCCACAACUACAUCACCUUAUUCGCAAUAACUGCAUUGGAGAUGCUGCGUCGUUUUCAGUGGGUUUUCUUUCGUGUGGAGAACGAGUGGAACAAAACGAACUCGAAAGCAAAUAUUCAGCUAGUUGAUAAUUCCGAAGAAGAACAGAUAUUGCUUAAUAACAAUGGUCAUAAUGUAUAGAGAUGGAUACUCGAAAGUAUUAGACUCUGUUUUUUAGCUCCGAUUUUUGACGUGAUCUGACUGAACUAUACACAUCCUCGUUAGGCGACACAAAAUCGACACCACAUAUCAUAUUUUUUCUCUUUUCUCAUUAUUCUUGAUAUUGAGGCAAAAAGAAAGUCCCGUUUUGGUAUUAUACAAUAGUCGAAAAUAUGAACUUAUUACU